AUGUCAACUGAAAAAGUUUUAUGCUGUUUUAAAAACUUGAACGUUGAUUCACGCGGAUCAACGAUUCUUGCUAGAAAUUUAAAUAAUUCUUUUAAAACAAAUACCUUCGAUAUAAUUGGAACACAAGAAGCAAAUGAUAGCAAAUGCGAAUUGGGAUGUGAUCUAGAUGAAGCCCAUUUUAUUAUGCGUCAUUUGGCAGAUUUGGUAACAAGUAAUCACCGAUCAAUUUGGUUUACAUAUAAAACAAAACCAUCGGAUGAGUCAACAGAAAUUAAUAAAUUUAAAUUUUCUCAUACUCAAACACAAAAAUCUUGGACAGCACUUUAUAAUUUCGGUUCAAUGAUAUCUUAUGAUACAUUUAUGAGUCAUAUUCAUGAUAAUCGAUCUCCUGUUUGGGUUAACAUAGGUAAAGAUACACGUGGAAGACCAAAAAGUAUUGUUUUACAAGAAAAAUAUUCUAAAUAUCGAAUGAUAUUUGAUUUUCGUAUGCUUCAUGUCGAUAUUCUUGUUAAAUAUGGCCAAGAAGAGAAGAAUGAAUCAAUUCAAAUUGUGUUUAUGCUCAAAGCAUCACCUGAAAUUAAACAAAAACUUGCAACUGGAGAAUACACCAGUAUACUUAGAAUUUGUGAUUCAUCAAAGCAUCCAAUGAAUAUUGAUACUAUUUGUCAAUGUUCAAAUUUAUGGUUACAAUUUGAUCGUCGCACAGAUGCGUGGGAGUUUCUUGAACCAUUUCCUAACUUCAAUAAAACAGAGAAAUUUGUAAUAAACUAUGCUGAUUUUCGAUGUAUUCCAUCUUCAAAUUACAAAAAUUUACAAGCAUCAUUAGAUACUCGUAGUUUUUCAUCUGAAUUAGGUUCUUAUGGUAUGACAAUGCUUUGGUCUCUUGGCUAUGUAUUUAGAGAUAAAUAUCUUGUGGACAAUGAAUUACAUACGAUGUUUGUUUCAUAUUACAAAAAAUCACCUGAAAAAUUUUAUGAUUUAUGUUCUACUUUAUGGAACUUUCUUCAAAACGAUCAUUGCUAUUCUAUUCGAAGCAUUUUCAAUGAUCCGACUUUAAUUCAUUAUAAUUUUGAUAAAAAUAAACAUUAUAUUCCACAUGUCAUUGUAACACCAUUACGUGUUUUAUAUCAACCAAAGCAUUCAACAACUCCUCAUCGAGCUAUGCGACAAUACAAUAAUAAAAAACAAUACCAAUGGAUGCUUGUCUAUAUGAGAGAUGAAGAUAGUUUAAGUCAAAUAAGUAAUAUUCGUGACAACGAUGAGCUUCAAGAUCGAUAUAAGCAAAUUCUACAAAAUGGUUUGUGUUUGGAAUUAGUUCUAAACAAAAAAUUAAUGUGUUUUUAUUUUGGUUCAUCGGGAAGUCAAAUGAAGAAACAACAAUAUUGGUUUUUAGGAUGUACUAAUGCCAAUUCAGAAAAUGCUGCAUCUAAGAUUGACAAAGCCCGAAGAGGAUUAGGUGAUUUGGACAAAAUUAAAAAUGUUGCAACAUAUAUUGCUCGAGUUGGUCUUUAUCUAAGUAUAUCCAAAUCAACUGAUAUUAAAUUAACUUUUAUCAAACCUUAUUGGUCAUGGUCUCAAUUACGUGUAUUCUUUCGAAGACGGAUAAAACUUUCUACUGAUCAGAUGGAAUAUAGAGCCUAUCUUAUUGAAGAUAUUGAACAUAACGGAUAUACUUUCACGGAUGGUGUAGGCAAAAUAUCAUUAGGUCUUGCGAAAAAAGUAGCCAUAUCGAUUGGAAUUCGUAUCAAUAAAGAUGAAGACAUACCAUCCGCCUAUCAAGUGCGUAUUGCUGGUUGUAAAGGAAUGUUAUCUAUUGAUCCUGAAUCUGGAAUGAAUGAUUAUUAUAUAAAAGUUCGAAAAAGUAUGAUGAAAUUUAACAAUGAUGAUUGGACACUCGAUAUCGUAGAUCAUUCUCGAUUAAUGUGUCUAAGUUUAAACAAUCAAAUUAUUCGUCUAUUAUAUGAUCUUAACGAAGAGAAUAAAGCUGUUAUUGAAUCACUACAAAAUCUUUGCAAGUUACAAGGUCAAUGGCACCCGCCUGAAGAAAACUAUUACAAUAUAUUCGAUUCACAGGAUAUAGAUCGUAUAAAGGAUGCAAAUAGACGACAAGGCUACAUAAAUGCAAAAGACUUACUGCGUCGUAACAAGAUUCCAUUACCUGUUGAUGAAGCUCGAUGUUUAUUUGGCAUUGCGGAUGAAACAAGAUCAUUAAAAGAAGGUGAAUGUUUUAUUCAAUAUCAAACGAUGGAUCGAAAAUCUUAUAAAAUUGUAACAGGCGAAGUUCUAGUAACAAAAAAUCCAUGUCUUUAUCCAGGUGAUAUUCGUCGUCUCAAAGCUGUUGAUAUUCCUGCACUUCGACCAUUUAUCCGAGAUUGUAUUGUUUUUCCUGUGCAAGGAUCUCGACCACACUGCAACGAAAUCUCGGGAUCUGAUCUUGAUGGAGAUCUCUAUUGGGUCUAUUGGGGAACAGAACUUGUAGUUAAGAAUAUCAUGCCACCCUUAGCUUACACAGCUACUUCGAAGGACACAGUACCAGAAGUUACGCAUGAAUUAAUUAUCAAUCAUAUUCUUAACACAAUGGAUGAUCAAACAUCUGGCAUUAUCUGUAACAUACACUCAGUCAUAGCUGAUAAGGAUCCAGAUGGUACAAAAUCGAAGGAUUGUAAAUAUCUUGCAGAACUUUUUCCUCGAGCGAUUGAUUCAGUCAAAACUGGUGAAGAAAUUGAUACGGAAAUGGAAAUGGUUAAGGAAUUAAGAGAAGAAUGGUGUGAUAAAUAUCCCAAUUGGAUGAUGAAAGAGGAUAAAUCAAUUUACAAAAGUGAAACAAUCAAUGGAUAUUUAUUUAAUAAAGCUCAAGAAUUGAAAAUUAAUGGAUACGAUUAUAAAUUUAUGCAUGUGAAAUAUGAUAAAAUGAAUCAAGAUACUAGAAUUAAAAUACAAACAGAAGAUGAUAAGCGACAUCUCUUUGGAAACAAAAAACGAUGUGGUUUAUCUAUUCAACUCAUCCGAAUUCCGCGCUAUUUAAACUUAUUGAAGCAUAUGUCUCUUUUACGUAAGAAAUAUCGAAUAUUACUUACAUGCUUAGUUAUUGUAAUUAUCAUAUAUUAUGGUGUCUUUUAA